CAAAAUGGCUGCUAUCUGAAGUGAAUCAUGUGAUGGCUAGUCCAGAGAAAGAAGGCGAAGAGCAAGACAUAUGGAGAGGAUUGGUCCAGGUACAAGACGGGGCACCUCUCUUCUCUCCCAUUUCAAACUCAGCUAGGAUAAAGUUCACAUGUAUAGCUGUAUCUCCUACUCAUGUCGCAUUGGGUGCUAAUUCAGGUGGUGUCUAUUGUUUUAAUGGAGACAAUCACCAAUUCACUGGUCGACUCUUAGCAAAUAGAGAGGGCAGUAUAUCUUUAAUGAAGUUCUCUCCUGAUCAUUCUCUACUUGCUGUUGUGGCAGGAGGUCAUAAUGUUUGCUUCUGGGAGCAUAACCUUCUCAACGGCAGCAUUGAAGCUAAAAAGUUUUAUGUUUCCUCCGUAUUAAAAGACUCAUCAGUUACAGACAUGGUGUGGGAUAAGAGAGGUACUCGAUUGUUUUAUGGUGACGAUCAGGGAAGGAUCGUAAUAGCUUUUGUCCCGAGGUUUACUCGUAAAUUUGCUGGGAGUUCGUUGUUCAAAAGAAUCGACGAAAUUUUGUGUUUUGAGAAAGCUCCAAUAUUCCAGCUGGAUAUGUAUAAUGACCUGUUGUUAGUGUCAAGCAAGGAACGUUGUUUUUUAUUAAAAUUACAAGGGGAAAGUAUUGAAUCACUUAUAUUAGUUGGCAAGAAGGCAAUCAGGAAUGGGUUGUAUGGUGCUUGUUUUUACCCACGUACCAGUGGAGAGGAAGGAGGGGGACAGCCCCCUAUAGUGUACUCUGCAAGACCCAAGGGGAGACUAUGGGCAGCUAAUGUCAAUGGUGAUGUCAUCUCUACUGUGAAACCACUGGAUUUUGCUGUGUCAGCAUCUUCUUCAUCCAUCAUUAAUAUUAACUCCGACUCUCUUCCUUUGGCCACUCCUACAAAGCCACUCCCUUCUCUUAAUUAUUGUCGUCUUGGUCUGCUUAAUCAGCAUUAUUUAGUAACGUGGCAUAAGGACUUCCUACUUGUUCAAGUUUUCAAAGAUUCGUCAUACUAUGUGAAAGAAUGGACAGUAGAGUUUAAAGAUAUUGACGACAUAGUUUUUACUGGAAAUAAAAUUUAUUUAUUACACGGUGGCUGUCAAACUGUUACAUGUCUCACUUACCUUUCACUCAACGAGUUAAUGAAUAAAAUAAUCAAUUUAAAAAAUACCACUUUACUAAAAGAAAUUCUAGUCCAAUACAACAGUUUACUACGAGCUCAAGUUUCCCUGGACACACUAACAACUGCAAAGAAGUGUUUGUUGGAGUCAGGGCAGUCAUUACCAAAUGAAGUACAGGAACUGUUGAUGGAUGAUGAAGAUAAACCACAGGAAGUAGAAUCGAUGAAUGAAAAAGAGAAAUGCGAACCAGCAACAAGCAAUGGAGUUGAACCACCUGCUGAAGUAAAGGAAGACACUAGUUUAUUUAAUAUGGAGGAUGAUAACGGAGACUCUGUGGCCCCUCCCCCUUCAACCACACCUCCUCCAGAAGAACGAAUACCAUUAAACGAAGAAGUAGCCCCUCCUACUGAUAGACUACUAUCUCAAUCUUUACCUGAAGACAUAGCUACUCACACACCCACUAAUGAUACGAUUGGUCACAGUCUACCGCAAUUACCAGGCCACGCCCAUCAAUUGCCUAACCCCGCCCACCAAUUACCUGAUUCCAUCCAACAGCCAGUGGUAAAGUCUCCGCCCACUACCUCGUUACCGGUGUCCAGUGUCUCCCCUAGUGAUGCAUUACCGCUGAUUACUCGAAUGGGAAGCAUAAAGACUAGUAAUGAUGAUGAGCCAGUAGUAGUUAGGAAGAAAAGAGGAAGCAGUGGAAAGAAGAAAAGGAGAGGAUCAGCCGAUUCAGGAACAAUAAACAGGUCUUCCUCAAUGAUAAGUCAGUUAAGUUUAGAUGAUAUAAUGGAAGGACAGAUAUCCACCAUCAUAUCUCCCACUCACUCUCAGCUAUCAUCAGCUGUGCUCUUCUUCGCCCAGUUUUUCUUCGCCGGUUCAUUUGGAUAG